CAACGCGUUUAGAUGUGUACGCGGUUUAGUCAAAGUAUUUUUUAUAUUCAAUCAAAUAAAUAGUGAAAACAAGCUAAAUUGAAGUGCAAUUCGUUCGCCUUUUGAACGCUGUCCGACCCACCCACCUGCCACCUGGCCAUACAGCGACGUACAUUACGUACACAAGUAAUUAACCAGGUGUGGGUGACAGCUGUCAAUAUUUUCUUUGUGCAAUAUACUAAUAUAAAGUGAAAUCAGUGUUUGUUGUUUAGUUUUCAUGAAUGAAAACUGGUGGAAWGCCGCUGUAGUGAUUUGCUAAUAUUAGCUACAAAGAAUUAGUUAAGCUGUAAAGUUGAACUGACAAAUUGCUGCAAAGUUUACGCAAAAAAAGGAAAAUAAUAAUAAUAACUAAUAGUACAUACAUACAUAAGUUCAACAUAUAAACAGGCCGUAAAAAAUAAGCUGAAUCUAUGUGUGUGAAGAACACUGGCUGGUGAUGCCGCUAAGACAACAGCAAUUAAUAGCCAGCGUAGGUAUAUUAACCUCGAUAGUAACAUAGUUGAAUCUUCCACAAAAUGGCAGUAAGCUAUGCCUGUCUCGCGGUGCAAUAUGUGGUGGUGCCGACGGUGCUGGUGUUGGCUGCACUAUUUCGUCCUGCCGGUAUUUCGUUCGUGUACCUGUUAAUGUUUUUUAUAACGCCCUUUAUCCCCAUCGCCAACAGUCGUAAUUUCAAAAGUUCUGUUGGACCAUUUUACAUCAUACUCAUCGCGCUAUGUUCACUACUAUUAUUAUGUCAUAUAGURCUGCAAGUGACAAUAAUUGCAAUGAAGAUCGAGUCGAUCUUUGCUAUGUGUUCAUUUACGCAACAGCUGUUGCGUCACAUCGGCUUCAUCAAUCUGCAGGACUUGCAUCCGAUUGCUGCCGCCGAAUGGCAUAUGCCAGAUGUGCUGGUKUUCAUCACAGUGGUGAUUUCAUUUAUAGUCAUAAAGAAAUUGAGCCAGAAACCACCGCCGAUCACAUUGCAAUUAGAAACUGGUGAAAUUAUCCCAAUACGCAAUUCAACGGAUAGCGACAACACGGACGAUGAAGCCUUCUUCGAUGGUCUAAUAAGAAUAUGUUUCGUUACGUCGUGACCAACGUCCAAAAACUACUAUCGAACCGACUGAGACGACACCUCUGGUGAAGCGCUUGCGCAAAAGUGACGCAAGAGAUGCUUCAAGUGAUGAGGCUACCAUGGAUCUGCAGGACUCCAAUUCGCCGGAUGUCUUUACGAAUACCAUAUGUGAUCAGAUAUGCUAUGGUUUYAUAAGCAUUGGACAGUUUAUUUAUCAAAACAGUUAUAUUUUUACGAAUAUCUCAAUGAUGACCUGGUCCAUUGUCUACCACAGCUGGCUGACCUUCGUGCUGUUGCUGUGGGCCAACAUACUCUGGAUGAUACCGAAUCAGCGCAAAGCCAUGAUGCGCUCUAGUCCGUUCAUCGUCUGCUAUGCGGAAUUAUUACUCAUAGCGCAAUAUGUYUAUGGCAUGAAUCUGAAAAACGACGAAUUACCCUCCAAAGUUGAGACCGCCGGCAUUAAUUUGCAACAAAUCGGUCUCGAGCGUCCGCAAGAGCAUGGCACACAUCCGUGUGUACCGUUAAUUGUGAAAACGCUGUUUCUGCUCAUGUUUUGGGUCACCUCAAGGCAGUUUUUCCAAGAGAAAGCCGAGGAGAAGCUAAUAAAACGUCGUGCACCGGUAGUAAUGCCCAUGGAAACGAUCGAUUCRGAAACAUCUGUGGAAUCGCAAAAUAAGCACACGUCGAAAUUCCUGAAGAAAAUCGGUGAUAUUGUGAAAAAUCUGUUGGUGCGUUUGUGGAUUUGGAUGUUGGUGUUGGUGAUCUUCUUGUGCGCUAUGACUGGCAAAUUUAUGACCGGUUUUCGCAUAUGCUACAUGGCGCUAUUCCUUUUCUUCUUGCUCGUCUUCCAAUCGUCCUCGAAAGUAUGGGUCAAAGUUAUGUAUGGCUUCUGGCUGUUCAUCAUCUUCUAUGCCAUGUCCAUGCUGAUACUUAUCUACACCUAUCAAUUUGACAAAUUCGAACAGUAUUGGUAUGAGUACUUGAAUAUAUCACAAACGCUUCAAAAUGAUAUCGGUUUGGAGCGUUAUAAAACGAAAGACCUGUUCCUACAUCUCGUCUCACCCACGCUGAUUGUGGUCUUAACCGUCAUACAAGUGCAUUAUUUUCAUCGUCGCUUCAUCGAAUCGCUGCAUCAGCGCAAGCCAUCCUUAUUACCCGAUAUGGUAUAUAAUAGAGAGAUGGGCAAACCGCCUAAGACAGAGCCGCGUGGCAGUAAUGAAGCCGCCAAACUAUUGGUUUCAUCUCUGAAACGUAUACGCAAGAUAACAAAUCAUUAUUUCAUUGUUUCGAAAAARCUGUUUUGGCGUUUCCUGGAGUUGCACAUCAUAAAAGCCGUUUAUAUUACGGCGUUUGUGUGUGCCGUUAGUCAGGUCUGCGUAAUUCACGUCGUGUUCGUAGCAUUAUGUGUACUGGGUUGUAUAACGCGAAGUUCUAUACAAAUAUUCAUCAGUCGCAUAAUCUCCUUCGUUGUUUCCAUAAUAAUACUAUCGAAGAUGAUCUAUCAGAUCGGCUAUUUAACGCACGAGGAUUACGAUGUGAGAUGUCAAGAUGAGGACACGAUACAUGGCAACAGUGCCUUAUGGUUCGGCUUGCAGAAAGCCGAUGAUACCACAAACGGCUUAAUCGGUCUGAUAAAAAUGUAUAUCAUCUAUAUGAUCGUUGUUACGCUGCACGCCGUGGUCAGUUUAAGACAAUUCCAAAUGCGCGCAAUGGCCGACAAUGAGAACAAGGCGGAAACGAAAGUGCUCUUCCCGGCGACGGAUCGCGCCAAAGCCGAAACGAAUCUCAAAUCAAUGAUACAAUAUCUUUUCAAUUAUGGUUUUUAUAAAUUCGGACAAGAAAUCUCAUUGAUAAUGCUCGUCACGACAAUUGCCUAUCGUCAGGAUGUGGUAGCGAUAUUCUAUGUGAUCUGGUUGGCUGUGCUCUUGAUGUUUAGCCGCGCCAGGCGCAGUUCGGUGUGGGGCAUAUUCCAAGUGUUCAUUGCGUUGAGCAUUUUUCUGCAAUAUUUAGUUUUGCUCGGUUUGCCGCCGAGCCUGUGUAUCGAUUACCCCUGGGAGAACUCCCGCUUUUCCGCACCCAUACAAGGUUGGCUGCUGUUACCCGGUGGCAUGCAUUAUGACCACACUAAAAAGUUGAUCUUCGAUUUCAUUCUACUGCUUUUCGUGACACGCCAAAAACGUAUAUUCCGCAUUGAGUUGCGUUACGGCGAUCAAUACGCCGGCGGUUCGAAUCGCAAUGUGGUUAAAGAUAUUGAAAAUUUGGGACGCGUGGCAUUUGUGAAUCCUACAAACGAUUUYCUUUCGCACGUGCGCAACUAUUUGGAUAUCUUCAUGUAUGCCGUGUUGUGUGGCUUCUUUUGGGUCACAUUGGCCACGGUGUUCUUGGCCGGCACGAAUAUGAGCGAUUUCCUCACGUUGGGUUAUCUGAUUGGCGCCUUCAUCUUCCUAUGGGAGGGCUCCGAUUUCUAUUUACGUCCCAUWCAACAAAUUAUCGGCCGUUGGCGUUGGCUGCUGGCUUAUAAUGUCUUCAAUAUCGUUGUGAAGACGUGUCUCGAAAUGGCUGGUUGUCUAUUUUUGAAAGAUUUAACUAAGCAUUGCUGUUGGCUGGUGCAUUUAUUGGGCGUAUCAUGUCAUUUCCCCACGGACCCCAACGUGAACGAUCCACUGAGUAAGGACGACUCCGACUGCCCGGAGAUAAAUAAAUCGUCGAUGCUGAUGUGGGACACCAUCUGCUUCGCAUUCCUUAUACUACAAAUGCGCAUAUUCAAGUCACAUUACUUCUGUCAUCUGAUUAUCGACACGAAGGCGAACAGCAUUUUGGCGACCAGAGGUGCUGACAUAAUCGAGGACCUGCGGCAGAAGCAAAUCSAGCAUCGUCAGCAGCAUGAAAACGAGAUUUUGGUAAAGAUCAAGCGUAAGAUGGAGCGCAUACGCGCCACGCAACAGAAAAUGUUGAAACCCAUUGAUAAACCCACACAUUUCGAUGAACAUGGUGCUCCGAGCAAACCGAACAAACGGAAAGAGAUUAAGUUACACGGACCUGCUGUGCGCGCUGGUGAUUACUACAUGUUCGAGGAUGUUGACGACAAGUUCGAAUUGGACGUGAUUGAUGAUGAGCAAGAUUUCCUCUCCGAGCAGGAGAGUGAGAAGAAAUUGCAGCGACGUAAAACGGUUAUACACACCGACAUUAAACGCAAGUCCGAAUCAGAGCCAUCGACUAGCAAGGAGGCAAAAGAGGCUACCGAAAUGGAAGAAAAGAAAAAGAAGGGCGAUGUUGUCGAUUCCGAGGAGUCUGAAGAUGAUUUGGAAGCAAAUCCAAUCGUUCGUCUACUCGAAGGUUUCCUGGUGUCUGUGACAAUUGGCUUACAUCGCUUGUCACGCAAUUACCGUUAUGUUAAUAAGAUAAUGUCGAAUGAAAAGCGUUUAUUGAAGGAAACUCACAGCGUCAAUUUGGUCUACGCAACCGACAGCUCCGUGUAUGUGGACAUCAAGGGUUUGUCGCCAAAUGCUGAAAAUGCGCAACUCGCUGGCUCGAUCGAGUCGGCAUCGAUUGACACUCAAAAUGAAACGAAUACACGACCAUUACCACAUAGUAUAACGAAUGUUACCGAUUUGAAUACGAUCACCUCAGACACUAGCCCACUUUCACCCYUAGAWWCACACAUAAACAAUACACMACAGCAACAACAAGAGCAAACAGCGGAUCCACAUGCCAUUAUUGAUAUGUCAGUGGAUACUGUGGAUAUGCGAAAUGAUAGUUACGACGAGGAUGGCACGUCCAUGCAAAAAUCUCACAGCUUGGUAAUGCUGGAGGAAGACUUUACAGCUCGUGAGCACAAUAUCAUCAUUGAGUUCCUCAUUUCUCUUUGGUAUGCCUUGCUCUCGAAUACGGACAUAAUCUGCUAUUUGGUCGUGUUUAUUAAUCAGGUGGUUAAUGCCAGCAUCAUUUCGCUACCGCURCCUUUAAUGGUAUUCCUUUGGGGCACACUCUCAUUGCCGCGUCCGACAAAAACAUUCUGGGUCACACUCAUCGCCUACACACAAGCGAUUGUGCUCAUCAAAUGCAUAUUCCAGUACAAAUUGAUUUGGGCCAAUUAUAUAAAUCUACCGAACGAACCAUUGGCUCCAGCAAAAAUAUUCGGCGUKGAAUUGAACCCCAAUUAUGCAAGCUAUGAUUUGUUGCUGCUGUUGGUGUUGUUCUUCCACAGAUUCAUCUUGAAAUCGCACGGCCUCUGGAAGUCGGAAUAUAAAUUCCCUCGUGGCGUCGCUAAAAUAGACUCGCGAACGGAGCCCGAAAAUGCGGAUGAGUUACAGUCUACUGUUAGCCGAGUAAACACGAUAGAGUAUCUGGAAGGAGAAGCUGCCAGCAAUAAUACACCUGGUUCCGCCGAUGGCGUCCGACGGCGUAGUAAAAAGGAAAGACGCAGCGAGAAUAAGGAGGAAAAUGGUGACAAUGAAAAGAAAGAGAACGGCAAUGACAAUAGAAAAGAAGGUGGUGCCGAUUCAGAGAAUAACAAACAAAUUGUCAAGGCGACUGCCACAGAUGAAGUGGAUGCUAGAAGCRACAGAAGCAGUGUUGUGAGCUCGAAUACUUAUCAGCGCCGACUGAAACACUUAAAACGCGCCAAGUACCUGUCAUCUGUGCGGAAAUUCUUCUCGAAUUUACUCUCAAAAUCGCGACUGCCAGCCGAUGUGUAUGCAUUAAUGUUCCUAUGCGAUUUUAUCAAUUUCUUCGUACUGCUCUUUGGAUUUACAGCWUUUGGCUCUCAACAAUCUGACAGCGCUGGCGGCGUACAAACCUAUUUGGAGGAGAAUAAAGUGCCGAUACCCUUCCUAAUCAUGUUGUUGGUGCAAUUCAUGUUGAUCGUCAUCGAUCGCGCUUUGUACUUGCGUAAAGCGCUCUUGCACAAAAUCAUAUUCCAUUUCCUCUCCGUCAUUGGCAUACACAUUUGGAUGUUCUUCAUUGUGCCCGCGGUAACGGAACGMAGCUUCUACUCGCUGGCGCCACCGAUUAUUUUCUACAUCAUUAAAUGCUUCUAUAUACUGUUAUCAUCAUAUCAAAUCAAAUGCGGUUAUCCGAAACGUAUYUUAGGCAACUUCCUAACCAAGAGUUUCUCACUAAUCAACAUGUUGUCCUUCAAAGUUUACAUGGCGAUACCGUUCUUAUACGAGCUGCGCACAAUACUCGACUGGGUCUGCACGGACAGCACAAUGACGCUCUUCGAUUGGCUGAAAAUGGAGGACAUAUUCGCGGAUAUAUAUUUCAUUAAGUGCAGUCGRCAAAUGGAAACCGAUUUCCCUGCUAUACGCGCGACGAAGAAACCGAUUUUAACMAAACUAAUUAUGGGUGGCCUAUUCAUAAUCGCCAUUGUGAUUGCGCUCUGGGGUCCCUUGUGCAUCUUUGCGCUCGGCAAUGCAGUGGGUCAAUCGAACACACCACUGCAGGUGAGCAUAUCCAUACGUAUYGGUUCGUAUGCGCCGAUCUAUCAAACGAAUACGCGCGAUAAUAUUAUUGCGUUCGACGAGGCUAUGUAUAGCGAUAUGAAAGGUGCCUAUGAUAAGGAUCGUGCGGCGAUAACAUUCCUUAGCAGCUAUGAUGCAACUGAUAUUGCGGCCAUUAAGCUGCCCGGUAAUUCGCCAUCGCUGUGGAAUAUCUCACCGCCGGAUCGUAUGCGUUUGCUGGAGGAGUUGAAGCAGAAUGGCACAAUUGUCGCUAGCUUUGCCUACUCGAUUACACGCAUACCGCCCGAUAAGAGUUUGAUGGGCACAGUUUCGGAUGAGAUUAUCUUCCAGAUGAACGAAACAUUUGCUUGGCGUGAAGAUCUAAUCAAUAUGUUGGAGACAAAUGGYACCUCGAAAGUGGUGCCGCUGCCCGAUUUGGUGCCGAAGUUUGUGAAGAUCUUAAAUUCGGGUGAUGUCAGCAUCGUGCAUCAACUAAUGCCAGUUGGACAAACUUAUCGCCCGCUGCUACUACGCAUGCGCACAAGUUCUUCGGCGCGCAUCUGGUGGGAGAUCGCAGACUUUUGCGAAGAUAAAUUCCAUGAGGAUAUAUUGAAWAAAUUACCUUUGGAUAAAUGCAAUUCUGGCAUUGUUAUAUAUACUUUCAAUGACAAGAAGUUCCCGUCUACAUUCAGUUUCAUAACGAAAGGCGG